AUGAGGCAAAAUCUACCACAAGGUUCACCAAUGACCCAUAAAUUCAUAGUUGGUACUAUUGCAAUAUUUUUAGGAGCUUAUGUUACAUAUAAAGCAGGUUCAGAUUUUCAAUUUGUUAAAUUUGAACCUCAUUCACCAGAAGAAAUAGAGAAACGUAAACGAGAAAAAUUUCAAACUAAAAUGACUGUUAAAGAUACUACUACUUUAGAUUUAACUCCUGAAGCAAAGGAAAGAAUUAUGAAGAAAGUUAGAGAAAAACAACAAUUGGAGCAACAACAAAAGGAACAAGAGACAAAAUAA